AUGGAUAUUUCUAGGUUGAUGGUUCAUGCUCUACAGGUUGAGGAUAGUUGUCUGAGGAAGAAGAAUAGGGAAACUAAGAAGGCAAGGUCUUUGGAAAUUAGUUCUUCUAAGAGUAGGCUUGAUGUUCAAGACAAGCCUAAUUCCAAGAAGAAGUUUUCAAAUAAGGGUGACCAUAUGGUGAAAGAUUGUCCUAAUGUGAGAAGACAAGAUAAGGGGAAGGGCCGAACUCAACCAAGCGGUCCUAUUUCUGAAGCUCCAAAAGGGAACCAUUUCUAUGCACUCGAGUCUAUGGGUGAACAAGAAAGGUCUCCCGACAUUGUGACGGGUAUGUUACAAGUUUUCUCUGUUAAUGUUACUCUUUCCUUUGUUGCACCUUUGCUAGCUACGAAGUUUGAUGUACUUCCUGAUGUUGUGAUUGAACCAUUUUAA